UGUAUUCAUUGAGCUUUCCUCUUCAGGUCAUCGCAUUCAGUUUAGCUUCCCGUUCAUUUUUUUUUACGCCGUGUUUCUGCUUUCCUCAUCCUUAAUUUGAGCUUUUAUCUGGAGAAGCAAUGUGUUAGGGGUAGGUGGUCAAAUUGGAUGUCAACAAAAAUAAGCGUACUAAAUCCAUCCAGAUUUCUGUUCAUAUUGUGUAACACUGCAAUUUUUUUUUAUUUUCAGGGAGAACAGGUUGCUGAAUUACUACUGACUCAAGCCACAACCAGUGAAUGCCAGGAUAUACAGCUUUUUAAAUCUGAAGUAAAAAAUCUCUUCAGUGAAGCCAGGCUGAAGACAGGUUCUCUGGGAGAGCUCCAUGUUGCAGGUUUACUGUCUCAGAUUUUGGAGACACUCCUUGCACACAAGGUCAAGGUGGAAAGUAAAUUUGUCUCCAUCAUCUUUGCCUUCAUGGUCUUGGAGAGCCUCAGUCAUUCUCUGGAUCCCAAGUUAGACUUGCUGGAAGUGGCCAGACCUUUGCUACUGAAGAACACACAAAAUUUGUAAUGAUGUUCUCAAACUGUAGCAUUGCAUUAUGACCAUCCUUACUCGGGAAAGGAGACAGUACCUUUACCAGAGAUCUGCACCUAUUCAAUCUUUGAUCAACAUACGUGGGGAUUUAACAAUGGGAUGAUGCCAAGGUCAGUAAAAAUCCAUUUGUGGAAUAAUUCAUGAUGUUUAUCAGACUUUUAGGCCCUUGUGAAAGUGUAAACAAAAUGAAAAUGCAAGAUUAUAUGUGUGUGUGUGUAGACUUCUUGGAUAUAUUGAUUUUAUUACACUGCACUGACAAACUGAACAAAUGUAGUUUUCAGUCAUGGUGAUUUGAAUCUUUGACUGUUAGCACAGAGUGGGAAGGGUAAGAAGUUGGCACCAUCCAUAACAUGUUGCAGAGCUUUGUAAAAUAAACUAAUAAAAUGAAA